GACCAUUAGUGCAUCAGAGAGAGAGAGAGAGGGUGGAGAUAAUCGUGUCGUUUUCCUCGAGGAAUAUUAGACUUGUAAAAGGACGAAUAACGUCUGCUGUACUGUGAAUGUUUGUGAACUGACAUUGGUGCGAGUCCAUCUUUGCCACAGGAAGGAGAAUUCUCAUGUUUAAUCGAUAUCCUCGCGUGGACGCGUGCUGGAUGAAGAUUGUGAGUCUGCAGAAGAACCCAAUGGCUUCGCAAAGCUGCAUUCCGCCAGCUACAUGCUUGGAAUAUAUUUCACACUGAAACCGCUAUUAACCCGUCAAUAGUUGGAAAAGACAACAGCACUUGGAAGAGCUCACAGAUUUGCCAAAGUCUCUGUGUCGCAUCAGUAUCAAAGUUCACCUCUGAUAUGGCGGACAGCGAAGACGCCUUUCGUCUCCAAAAUUCUCCCAAUGACACGGAUUCAAAAGAUCUACAAAACGAUGGAAAAUCAGAAAAGCACAAUGGAGCCUCCAGCAAAUCUCCAUCAUCACAGACAACAUACAUUCAACAGGGAAUGGAGGGGAUAAAAGUUUACUUGCACGAGCGAGAGUUGUGGACAAAGUUUCAUGAAGUUGGGACAGAAAUGAUCAUAACUAAAGCAGGCAGACGGAUGUUUCCGAGCUUCAAAGUGAAGGUCACCGGGUUGAAUCCCAAAACCAAAUACAUUCUGCUGAUGGAUGUCGUGCCCGCCGACGACCACCGCUAUAAAUUCGCCGAUAACAAAUGGUCUGUUACAGGUAAAGCAGAGCCAGCGAUGCCGGGACGAUUGUACGUCCAUCCGGACUCUCCGGCCACCGGCGCCCACUGGAUGAGACAACUUGUGUCUUUCCAAAAGCUCAAACUGACCAACAACCACCUCGAUCCCUUCGGACAUAUUAUUCUGAAUUCGAUGCACAAAUAUCAGCCGAGGAUUCAUAUCGUAAAGGCGGAUGAAAAUAACGGGUUUGGAUCUAAAAACACGGCUUUUUGCACGCACGUGUUCCCAGAAACUGCGUUUAUUGCAGUCACGUCUUACCAAAAUCAUAAGAUUACUCAACUCAAGAUCGAGAACAAUCCGUUUGCAAAGGGCUUCCGUGGAAGUGAUGACAUGGAGUUACAUCGCAUGUCAAGAAUGCAAAGCACAAAGGAGUAUCCAGUGGUCCCUCGCAGUACCGUCCGUCAGCGGGUCGGCAGCAGUCAGAGCCCGUUCGGUGGUGAAGUACAGGCUCUUUCGGCGCCGGGCGGCAUGACGUCUCAGUACGGCUGUGAGAACGGCGUUACGGGCGCAUCUCAGGACCUUCUGCCUCAGUCCAGUUCCUAUCCGCUGCCCCACGAACACGGACAAGACUUUCACUGCGUCAAGAGAAAAGUUGAGGAUGACUGUCACGCAGGAGAUCACUCAUACAAGAAAAGUUACGUGGAAAGUUCAUCCAGCGAGGACGACCACUAUUAUCGUUCAGUGAGCUUCCCUCAGCCUCUGGGUCUCGCCGGCGCCCCCUACAGGACCGAGUCUGGCCAGCGGCAGGCGUGCAUGUACGCCAGCGCUUCUCAGCCUGCCGAGCCGCCACCAAGCCUGGAAGACAUCGGUUGCAACAGCUGGGCGGGAGUCUCGCCGUACGGCAGCUGCUCCGUGUCGGCCGUGCAGCAGAUGGACCGACUGCCCUAUCAGCACUUCUCGGCUCAUUUCAACUCGGGACCCCUAGUCUCCAGAUUGAGCGGCGUCGCGGGCCACGCCUCGCCCCAGCUGGGCGACACUCACGCCAUGUACCAGGGUCCCAUUCCCCAUCAGCCCCUGGGGCGUCAGUGCAGCCCGAGCGCUGGGAUUCAGUCUCCGAGCGCCGGCCUGCAGGGGAACGAGUACCUGUACGCUCACGGCAUUCCUCGCACCCUGUCUCCGCACCAGUAUCACGCCGUACAUAGCGUCAGCAUAAUGCCCGACUGGAACGAUGGAAGUUAACUGGAGUCUCGUAGGCAGAAACGGGACAGGACAGGACAGGACAGACUAUCCUGUCUGUUUAUAUCUCGACCGCCGUGUGAACGUGACACCAAUAUGCAAGACUUUUGUGUCACGAACAUCAGGGUUAGAGGCCUGUGAGGUCUCAGAUGUUGUCCAGGGUCACUGUAUGAGGCAGACUGAGGGGGACAUUCACAUGCAACCUUACAUCAAUGUAAAAGUAAAUACGGAUUACGACAGAAAACAAUACAACAAGAAGGUGAAGUAAUCACGGGAACAAAGACUGUUUAAUAAUGUUUUGUAAUGGCAGGUGAUCUGUGUUACAGUGCUCUUAAGUUUGAUUUUAAACAUUUAUAGUUCUUUAUUUUGGGAAUGAAAUUAUGAAACUUUCUUGUAGUCAGUGAGCACCAGCGUUUCUCUCACAAACCACAGCAGAGGCAUUUCUCCUGCUUAAUGUCCAUGAAUGCACUUAGACGUUUUCAUUCAGGGAAACAAUGCAAGGUUUUUUUCUUAAUCUCUACAUGCAUUAGCAGCAACAAAUGUCAGUGAAAUGUAACAAAUAGGCACUUUUGCAAAAACAUGAGCAGGAAAUUUGAAAGAGUACAAGAAGAUCAGAUCCAUUUAUUAGACUGUAGAUAGUUUCUUACUUUAUAAGCGGACUUUACUUAUCGUGGACUUAAAGGCCACAUGAUCUGAUCCUUCAUUUCAUUCAUGAAAAGUUUGUCUCAGACACCUGUCAUCAGUCUAAGCUCAACUGUGAUUGGUCAUAAAGAGCUCAGUCACACAUCAGAUGCUUUACACUUAUAUGGAAAUGUUUAUUUUUCAACAUUCAUAGUCACCAGAGUUCAUCUGUUAAUAGUAUUUAUUUUUCUUGUAUUAUAAAAUCUUUUGUUAUUUUACUUUAAAUGCCUUUGUUUUAUAUUUUCUUUUCAUUUCUUUCCUUACUUGAGUUUAGGUAGACAACUGUUUUUUUCUGAUUUAAAACUUCUGGUUUAUUCUUACGACAAACUGUCAGAAACAACAGUUGUGAAUUAUUUGUGCAUAAACGCAAAAUGUACAUAGAAGUCAGAAUUAAUGUAAGAGAUUCUUCCUUGACUUCUGCAGAGAUUUUCUGGAUCUGUGCCGUGGUACUGUUGUGUAAUAAAGCUCAACUC